CUGAAGAUGCCGCGGUUGCCCAUUACAAAUGGCGACCCACGGUGAGCCACGCCGCGCCGUAUAACCCGCGAGACCCGACCGCUCCGAUUCUCGUGACUCGUGCGAGCAGGCUGCUGAAGACCGCGGUGUGGCGCAGUAUCCGGUCGAGCCACUGGACCGCUAGCGAUCGUUGUCGAGCGACACAACCUAGUCGAUUCUGUCUAGCCGACGAGGAGUAAUUCGUAAGAAUGGGGAACGUGAUAGCCGCGUCCGCACCUCCACCACCGCCACCGCCACCACCGGGUCCUGGACUGAUGCCGAAUCUAGGGAAGCAGGACCCGUCCACGGCGGUGUUCGCGCCUCCCAGCGAAACGCCCGGCCAGAUCGAGAACCCGGGCACCAUCGAGGACUUGCACAAAAAGUGCAAAGAUAUAUUCCCCAUCAAUUUUGAAGGGGCGAAACUGGUAGUCAAUAAGGGAUUGAGUAACCAUUUCCACAUUUCACAUACCAUUAAUAUGAGUUCCGUAGUACAGUCUGGCUACAGAUUUGGUGCAACUUAUGUCGGCACGAAACAGAUCUCGCCUGUGGAAGCCUAUCCCGUGUUACUAGGCGAUAUCGAUCCUACUGGCAACCUUAAUGCCAACAUUCUCCACCAGCUCGGCUCGAGGCUCAAGGGAAAAUUCGCAGCGCAAGUACAGAGGAACAAAUUCACCGCUGUACAAAUGACCGCCGACUAUCGCGGUGACGCGUAUACCGGCUCGUUAACAGUAGGCAAUCCGGAUAUCCUCAAUGGCUCCGGUGUCUGCGUUUUACAUUACCUCCGCAGUGUGACGCCGUCGCUGGCGCUAGGCGGCGAACUCGCGUAUCAACGCGGACCUGCCUUGCCAGGUGGCCAAGUCGCGAUCAUGUCCUUCGCGGGUAGAUAUACCCAUGGCGACUCCACACUCAGUGGCAGCAUCAGUCCGUCCGCUUUCCACGUCUGUUUCCACCAAAGAGCUAGUCAACAAUUGCAAGUGGGCGUGGAGCUGGAGAUCAAUACGCGGAUGCAGGAGUCGGCAGCGACCAUCGCCUAUCAGGUCGAUCUACCGAAGGCAGACUUAGUGUUUAAAGGUAGCGUAGAUACAACUUGGACGGUAGGAGCGGUGCUGGAGAAGAGAUUACAGCCGUUACCGUUCUCGUUCGCGCUCAGCGGCGUGCUGAAUCACAGCAAGCAGCAAUUCCGACUCGGUUGCGGCCUCAUCAUUGGCUAGAUCGUUGGCGAUGAUACGGCCGUGCGACGCGCAUCCAAUGAAAUCGGGGACGUUCCGCUCUCUGCGCGGUCAAACUCACUCAUGUAAUCGUCGAGUCCACGAUGCCAUAUUCGAUUCUUUUGCCUGAUUUCGAAUGAUCGGUACUAUCGCUCUAUCCCUCGAUUGAUCUCCUCUCCGUCCGCAAUGAAAUUCGAAGCGCGGAUUUGUUGCGAACGGUACGUUAUUCACUUAGCACGAGAAAUUACUCUUUCACACGCGUAUAACAUUGGCGAUAUAUUAUAUUUCCCGUCGAAGGUUACUAAAAAAUGCCUAUGGAUAUGUUAUCAAUAUUAACGAUCAAGUACAAGGUAGGAGCGUAUCGAGAAAUUAACGAUUAAAUCCUUGUUACAUUUAUUAUGCUAAGCCGAUGCAGGUUGCGAUGCUGCGAAUGUCCCACGGUCAAAGUUGUAGAAACGUCUAUUUCGAAGCAGCGAGGCUGAGAGAUCCCCGAAAUUGAUUUUACGAUAUCAUUUGCCCGCGAGUGCGUACGAGAUGGUACGACUCUCUCUCUCUGGGAUUUUCUAUUGAUAAUGUAGAAAAAAUACACGCAAAAAAACUGGUCUAUUCCUGAUUACGCUGUACGCCAACUCUAGCAUUUAAUCACACGGCGAUAUACUCUCUCUUUGUUAUAAAUGCGAUGCAUUUACCCUGUAAAUCGUGUAAAGGCGGUGUUGUAUAUUACUUGUACAAAUCGCUGGAUGUGGUCCGGACGUGUCGGACGUCACCUCAUCAAAGAGAUCCGCGAGACGGCUCCGUAAAUACGUAAAUGUCGCGCGCUCGAUGUUCCAAACCCGUUGAUCAUUAUUGAGAAACCAUUGUAAAUAGCCACGUCACGGGAACCACGACGAAGCACUACCUAUUAUAUUCAACAUGUAACGAUCAGGCAUCGCAGGACGGCGUGCUCUUAUGUCGAUCGCUCGGUUCGCGGGUAUCUUGCACGGGUGUAUCGUAAAUCGAACGAACGAGUGUGCGACCGACACCGUCAGGAAACUUUUCGUAGACUGAAAUCGAACGUAUUGCACAAUACACGUGAUCCAUCGAUCGGAGCACGACAACAGGAAAUUACACGAGGCACAGCCGAUCGUCGAGCCCUCGCUCCGCGGUAGAAAGAUGCGUUCUCGCGCGUUCAUCGUUCGUGUAUACGAGGAUUACGUGCGAUCUCGUGCAUGCACACACGUGUGAAAAGCGACGGAAAGAAAACGGGAGAAAUGACAAAACCGGCCUCGAAGUUACGGCGAAGCACGCGUGGAGAGACCCACGGUUUCCUUUUAAUCCCAUUGUACACAGCUUUAUUGUAAGUACGUCGACGAAUAAAGUUGUACAUUGUUGAACAAAAA